AUGCAGGAUAUGCGGUUUGAUCGUCAGCCUAGCCGCAACUCACUUGCCAUCCAGGACAACCGCGAUCUGGUGGCGGUGGUGGAGCGGAACUUGUCGGAGCUCGAUCUGGAGCCCAGGAGCCGUCGGACAAUGAGCUCGAAGGAGCUGGUGCAGGCACGGAGCCGCGCGAGCAGCCGAGACUCGCGGCGACGGUCGCCGGGCUCCAGCCGCUCCUCCUCCAAGAGCAGCGUCCACAACUCCCGGCCUUCCUCGCGGAAGGGCUCCAAGACCCGCAACUUCUCCAAGGCCUCCAACGCUAGCCAUGCUAGCCGAAGCACCGAGGCUGAGAGGGAAGUGAAGGAGAAGACGGAGCGAGACCGGAAGCUCUCCUCCGGCGCGGCGCUGGGCUUGGACCUGGCCAUCUUCGAGCAUCGCAAGUCCCGCUCCGAGAAGGAGCAGACUCCGAGGGAGCAGUCCCGGCGCGUGUCCAGCGUCUCCGAGUUUUCGGCGUCCAGCAAGAAGAGCACACUCCGCAGCGAGGGCGGCGAGGAGACGCCCCGAGCGGUGCCCAAGGCCAAGCCCGAAACGCCGGCCGCCACCUUCAGGGAGCUGAUGAAAGCCAAAGCUCGGGAGGCUUACCAAAAGAGGAGGAAGCUGACGUCCACCAAUCUGGAGCCAGACUUGAAGGAUCCUGUAUUUUUGCCUGCCCAGCAUUUGCUACCCAAGUCUGUAUCUGCUUUGGAUGUGCCCACCGCCAUCGACUUCUUCGACCACUACGACAAGGUGCGCGCCCACGGAAAUUCAGGCUUGCUGGACCGCAAAGCCCUCGCGGAGAUGCUCUAUGCCAUUGGUCAGGGCAAGGAUGCCAUGUCCACGGAGUGGAGCGAUGCCAUCUUCAAGGAGUUGGCCGCUAAGCCGCAAAGCGGCGGUGUGUAG